AAUCCCGGGAGGCUACGCGUUGCUGAGCCAGUCCAGCUUUUAACAUCUCGAGACGCCGAUCUGUUUUUUAGUACCUCCUGUCGCCUUUUUGCCGCCCUCAUUUGUCGCUUACCUACCACCAUGGUUUAUGAUUCCGAUUUUUACACCACCAGAAGGCCUUAUCGGUCUUCCCCUGCGUACUCCUCGUACACGACAUCGUACGUGCCUUCCCGUCAGGUGAAGAUCUUACCGGGUUUGGGAAAGGUACAUGUCGUGCACUCUUACGACCGAUUGGUACCGUACGUGGGGCACAAAAGGCUGACGGUGGUCACGAGUCCGCCGAAAGUUUACGCGACGCGGCCGUCGGUACUCCAACGGGAGUACGACUGGAUCGAAAACAAAAUCCGUCCGUGGGUUGGGUACUCCGCAACCAACCGCUACCUCAACUCCGAUUCGGCUGUGCGGAUCUAUUAUCGGAGCUACCCUAUAGGGUCCAGCUAUUAUACGACUGUUAGUCUGCCUAGCAGCUCCUAUUAUCCGAAGGCAUAUCGGUGGUACUACGAUUGGCCGAGGACCUACUCCUAUUACUGGCCCAGCCGUUAUUAUUACUGGCCGAGCAGCUAUUCUUACAACCCUAGGAGUUGGUAUUCCUACUGGCCCUAUUAUAGGUCAUAUCUGACCAGUUUUUUAAAGAACUAUUACCUGAGCUAUUACCCCUCCCUUUAUUAUCGAUCACUGGACUACGAUUUCAACGAACUCGAAAACAAAAUCGAUAACUUAAGCAAGAUGAUUUAUAUAAGUCCAAUCCGAGGUAUCGAUUAUUUAUACUAUCCCGAAACGACAAGGUACUACCGACCGCUCACCCUGUAUUACAACUAUUACUGGCCACUCAGAAGCUUGAACUACUAUUCGGACGUGUGGCCUUAUUAUCCGUAUUACAGAUACCUUUAUUACAAAUAUACAUUGCCGUCCGACCGCUACUAUCACUUGAAAGGAAGAAUAAUUUACAUGCCAUGUCCGACGAGCGGAUUGACUUAUAGAGUUUUUCCAACUGCGCCAUACGUUCGCAACAAAAUUUAUAAACCUCUAGGUUUGUAUUGCGACUAUUAUGAACCCAUAAGAUCUCUAUACUGGAAUAGUUCUUACUGGCCUCUAUAUAGGUCGGUAAGUUCUUUUGAGGAAGAGUUACCAAGCCACAAAGGUCAGCGUCUUCAACGGAUAUUCGAUGACGAAACAAGGCUUAUUCGGGCUCAAACCGCGUCGUUAUUACGUAGAAUUCACGAUCCAGUUCCGCGAGUGACGAGAUUGAGUUGGCCUCUGUCAACGGUUAGCAGGCAUUACGAUGGAGGUUUGCCCUCGCGAUUUAGUAGCGAUAACUACAUUCAUAAAAUUUUAACAACUUCGCCACUUAACGACAGAGUUCAGUAUACUACUUAUUAUACUGAACCUGUACGUAAAUAUAUUGGCGCCGGACACCUAGCAGCUGUGUCGUAUGCAGGAGAAAGGGCUUAUAACCGAAGACCCUAUGUUUAUCUGUACGAAAAUCCCCUACAUAGCGACAUACAACUUUUGAGUUAUUACAUCAACAAGUUUAAACAGGAAAAAGCUAUUAACCCGCCAGACUCUUCAAAAGCUCCACUUUCACCUGCGCGUCCGUCAAGGAAAUUCGGAGCUAAAAAGUCGGAACCGGAAGACGAGAAGGCGGCUGAAGAGAUGAGGAAACUUCGUGAAGCGAGAGCCGCGAGGCUCGCUUUUAUCAACGAAGAGGAAAAGAAAGACCACGUGUCCUCGAAAGACGUCGACGAAGCAGUUAGGGCGAAGAAAGAAAAGGAGGAGGUCAGAUUAGCCGAGGAGAGAAUCAUCGCCGAAGAACAAGCGAGACAGGAAGCUCUCUCCAAAGAGGCGGCCAGAAAGGCGGAGUUGGCACGUCAAGAGGAAUUAGCGGCCCAAGCGGCGGCGGAAAGGGCGGCGGAAUUUGAAAGAAAAGCGGAACUGGCACGUCAGGAGGAGGUCAAAAGACAAGCGGAGAUCGAAAGAAUAAGGAGGGAAGAACAGGAAAGGGCACGUCUCGAAGAGGAGAAACGAUUGGAAGAAGAAGCGAAGGCGGAAGAAGAACGGCAACAACUCUUACGUCUGGAAGAGAUAGCGCGACAGGCCGAAGAAGAAAAAGAAGCAGAGUUGGUGCGACAGGCAGAGGAACUCGCCGAGCUUGCCCGACAAGAGGCCGAGCUGGCAGAAGAAGGGAAACGACAAGAGGAAGAAGAAGAACGAAAACGACAAGAAGCGGAACUCGAAGAAUUGGCUCGUCAGGAGGCCGAGUUGGCAGAACUGGAAAGGCAAGAAAAAGAGCUAGCCGAGCAAGCCAGAGUCGAAGCUGAAUUGGCUGAGCGGGCGAGGCAAGAUGCUGAGACUGCCAGAAAAGAAGCCGAUUUGGCACAGGAAGAAGCGGAGUUGGCGGAACUAGAAAGGCAACAAGCCGAAUUAGAUGCCUUGGAGGCUGAAGCGAAAGCCUUGGAGUCCGAUUUGGGACCUCCGCCUGUUGAAUCCGAAGUCCUUGAAGAAGAAGAACAACCGCCACAAGACGACGAAGCUGAAGCAGCGAGACAGGCUGAAUUGGACGAAUUGGCUCGGGCCGAAGCUGAAUUAGCUGAACUAGAAAAGGCGCAAGCCGAGUUAGAUGCACUUGAAGCCGAAGCGAAAGCUUUGGAAUCAGAUUUUGGGCCACCGGCUGCGACGGAAGAUAACGAUUAUGAUGAAGAGGAGCCUCAGGCCAUCGCUGAAGAUGUACCCGGCGCACAGUCGGAUGAAGAAUUGGAGUGAAUUUUGCCUGCAAUCAUUUUAAAAUAAAUCGCUUUAACCUCACAAAAAUUGUUAAGUCUUGUAUAUAUGAUAAUUUAUGUGUUACCAUAUUUAACCCAUUUAGCUUUUUGUACAGUGUGAGAAGCAUAAGAGUAUAUUAGAAACAACUCUUUAUCUAUGUGGAUUCUAAAUUUUUGUUUACUUUCUGUAAUGUUUUGGUACGAUUCAUUUAUUGAAAUAAAAAGAUAAAUUCAAUCUUC